AUGGGCUCUGUAAUACAGCUCUUAGCGUUGCUUUCAGUAUAUGCUCUGUGUUUAAGUCGAGUCUCAGCAGACACGCAAUGCAACGAAGCAGACAGAAAAGCCCUGCUGAAAAUCAAGGCAGGCAUUACACAAGAUCCGACGGGUGCCCUGAGUUCGUGGGGAAGAAAAGCCGAUUGCUGCAAGGGCAGCUGGAACGGAGUGAGCUGUGAUGUCAACACAGGCAAAGUAACAAUGAUCCAACUGGCCCCGUCAGAUCCAUCUAACACCAGCCUCUACAUGGUCGGCACGCUCUCCAAAUCCAUCGGCGAUCUCACAGAGCUUGUCUACUUGCAACUUCCGAGGUGGAAAAACAUCACCGGGAAAAUCCCCAGUUCAAUCGCCCGCCUGCAACAUCUCGACCUGCUCGAUCUCGCGGACAACGAUUUCUUCGGCAAAAUGCCGUCUUGGAUACCGAAGCUGAGCAAACUGAGGGUACUCAGCCUGAGCCGAAACAGGCUACGGGGAGUCGUCCCGCCGGCCAUUACAACGAUGAGCAAUCUGGCGGUGCUGGAAAUCGAAGAAAAUCAGAUAACCGGCACAAUCCCCCAGGCAAUGGGGAAUCUGAGCCGGCUGGAUAUUGUCAGACUGAACAACAAUCUCUUAUACGGUCCUCUGCCCGAGUCCAUCGGCUCCGUCCAAACUCUCUUUCUGUUCGACGUCUCGUAUAACGCACUGGUAGGCAGCAUUCCUUCUUCUUACGGAAACCUUUCGUAUAUUGGUUUGCUGUACUUGAACAACAACAAGCUGGCCUAUACAAUUCCUUCCUCGCUCGGUCGUUUGAGGAAACUGUCGAGGCUGGAAUUGGAGGAUAACCAGCUGACGGGCUACAUUCCGGCAUCCCUGGGCAACCUUUCAAUGUUGAGCUAUCUGGAUCUUUCCAGAAAUUUGCUCACGAACCCGCUUCCGUCUUUGCCUUCACUUCCCCCCUUCUUGGACUUGUCUUACAAUGAAUUCAAGCUGGGUAAUUCUAUUCCCACCUGGAUCACGAAUUCGAGCUACGGGCUCGAGAUCAGUUUGGCUGGGUGUGGGAUCGACAUGCGGCUCCAGGACUGGAAGCCCAGGCUCGAGGACUGGCCGGCCGCCCAGGAUUUCCUUUCGGUCGAUCUCUCUGCCAACAAUAUAAGCGGCAGUGCAGUCGAGUUUUUCAAAGCCAUGACGUUCUUGCGCCACGCAAAUUUGUCAAACAAUCAGCUCAGCUGUGACUUCUCCAGCGGAGUCGAUUUCUCCCGCUGGCUGCAGACGCUCGAUCUCCAUUCCAAUCAGCUCUAUGGAAGCAUUCCUGCUUCUAUUGCCAAGUUGACUGAUUUGAUGACUUUAGAUCUGUCAAAGAAUGGGCUUACUGGAAAAAUUCCGGGAGAGGAGUUUCCUGUGUCUUCGUAUUCCCAGAAUAAGUGUCUUUGUGGAUUGCCUCUUGGGCCUUGUUAG